AUUAUUAUUGGAGAGAUUACGAUGGUAGAAUACCGGUGGACGCCAUUCCUGCCGGUAAUAAUACAGAUGGAUUAUCCUACAUCGGACAAGCAUACAUUCACCACUAUGGCCUGCUUCUGGGUACAAUAAUUCCACCUGCUAUGGAAAUGAAAAUUCCCUGCUAUGGAGUCGUAGUAACCAAUAUCAUCAUUAAAAUUUUGUGUGCGCCAAAUUUAUCAAAAUUUCACUGGGUACCUACUACUGUCGACAGAUUCAAGAAAGACACGAGAGACCAAUGUCCUGUGUUAGGGGGAUACGAUCGGAAAGCUUGGGAGAAUAGGGGCACACUUGGCAAUUUGAACAUUGGCAGAACUCGUGAGCAUGGGGAUGUGAUCAUUGGAAACAUAGCGUCUUUUGAUCCCAAAGAAGUAUGGUUUUAUUACCCUCUGGAUGGUGGGGAAAAAAGAGCUUUUCAUUAUGAAGUAUUAGUGUACCGUGGUGAUCCUACUCUCAACACUGUCACCUCAAUUUCGAUAAGUGAGGAUUGAUCCCUGAAUGAUUUUUCGUUAAAUUCUUCAAAAAUAUUUUUUGAGAUUAUCAUUUGAACUCUUAUGACGCCUUUUGGG